AAGCACCUCAGUUGAAUGAUGAUUUAGCGGCUGUUAGUCUUGAUGAUAAUUUAGUAGCUGUUAGUCUUGAUGAUGAUUUAGCGGCUGUUAGUUUUGAUGAUGAUUUAGCAGCUGUUAGUCUUGAUGAUGAUUUAGCAACUGUUAGUCUUGAUGAUGAAUUAGUAGUUGCUAGUUAUGAAAAUAAUAAAAAAGAUGAUGAAUACACUAACUCUCAAGAAAAGCUCUAUAAAGGAAGGAUAUUUCAAAGUUGGGAUGAAGCAUAUGAUACAAUAAAAUUGUAUGCAUGGCAGAAAGAGUUUGGCUUAAGAAAAGGUCACAUUGAGAAGACUUUUGAUGGUGCUACUCGUAAACGAACGAUGCUUUGUAAACAUAAAUUUUUAAAUGAUAGUGAACUUACACAAGAAAUGAUCAAAUGGGUAGAAUUUUAUAUGAAUGUUGUUAAACUGAAACCAUUACAGAUUCAAAGAGCUACACAAAAAGAAUUUCCUGAUCGUAAGAUUUACUUUUCUGAAAUCCAUAAG